CGACAGCCCUUACAGCCUUGCAGCGGCACCAGUCAAGGAGGAAUCAAUCACAGAGUCCAGACUCUGCCCUUGUUCUCCACUUCUCCGGUACAGGUUUAUCAGAUUAAAAUUUUAAAAGAUCAGCACUAUGCCAGAAGGUGCACACAUCAGGCUUAAAGGAUGGCAGCAGGCAGCGGUUGCUCUUGGCUCAGCAUUUGGCGCAUUAUUGGACCCAAAAAGAGCAGAUCUGAUAGGAGCUCUGGGGGAGACGACUGGAAAGCCGGCUUUCCAUAGAGUUCUUGAAAGGAUGACAAAGAGCCCUGAGGGCAGAGCAAUACUCUUGGAACGCCCACGCGUUAUAUCCGCGAAGGUGGGGCAUGCAUGGGACCUACCAGCAAACACAUUUGGGGCAGCCUAUGCAAGUUUCAUGGGAUCCAGGAACUUUUCGCCAGAUGACAGGCCACCUGUGCGGUUCAUGGAUACAGAGGAGCUGGCUUAUGUGGCCAUGCGGGCCCGUGAAGUACAUGAUUUCUGGCAUGUCCUUUUUGGCCUUCCCACCAACUUAAUUGGUGAGUCGGCACUUAAAGUGAUUGAGUUUGAGCAAAUGCUUCUACCUAUGUGCCUGCUGUCAGUCAUAGGGGGCACUGCAAGGUUCAAUGGGAGGCAGAGGGCUUUGUUCUACCAGCACUAUUUCCCUUGGGCCACACGGGCUGGUCUGCGGUGUACAGAUCUGAUGUGUGUAUACUAUGAACGGCACUUCCACGAGGAUUUAGAGGAUGUCCGGAGAAAAUGGGGGAUAAUUACUGCACCUGCCGCUCCUAAAACGAAUGCAGCAUGAUGAGUCGGGGAUGGAUGUUUUGUAGUUUUCUUAUGCCUGGUGGAAGUCAUCAUGCCCAGAAUUGACAAUUUCAUAUGUACAUUUUUCAUUAGUUUCUGGUAUGGUGGGCAUUUCAACUUCUAAAUCCCAUCCUGUCAAACUAGGCUAUUAGAUAUGUAGAUUGUACUAGCUCUGAAUUCUUUGGCAGAAAGCUCUGGUGGAAUUCCAAUAGAUGCUUACAAUAUAUUGAAGAGAUGUAUCUGAAUGAUUAAUGAGUAUGUUGGUUUCAUAAUUAGGAGCUA